UCUAGUGAAACAUAUUUUUAAGAUUAUUUUUUUGGUGCUUUGUUUUUAUUGGAGCCUUUAUUGUGCAUGGGCACAAUCCAAGGCACAUGCCUGCUUCUUUUGGGUCAUUUUGAGAUAUAAAAAAAAUGAUCAAGGGGAUUGUACAUCACACCCCAUACUGCAAAAAGGGCAAUCAUGUAUACUUGUCACUCACAUCUAGUAACUACCUCCUCCUUUGUGUUUGUGUGUUUUUUGCACAUAUAUUUCCUGUUCAUUCAUGAAAAACGUUUUUGUUUGUACUUCUUUGCUCAACCAUUAGCUAUAAACACAUUGAAUACUAGUUGUACUAAUUUUGCAAGGCACCAGCUGCAAACAUUAAAUCCCUGUGUUUAAUGGUCCUUUUCCAUCAUGCAAUUCUUCCAGAGGCACCAACCCCCACUCUUCAUUGAAUCUGGCACAUGCUGUAGAUUUCAUGCUAGCUGCACUUGAUUCUUCAGUCCACAUCCCACUACUUAGUGAGUUCAUUCAGAAUUAUGGAAAAAGAAAAACGUACCCGACGCGGUCCAGAAAACUCGCAACUACUAUUUGCAUGUGGUUUUCAAAAAAAAAAAAACAAACAAACCAAAUAAAAAUUUGUCCAUCAAUAUCAUGUGCUCAAUUGUACAUCCAACUCAAUAUAUAUAGGUACUGAAUGAUCAUGGCAAGCCUGCAUUUGAACCCUGAGGCCAGCCUUCAUAAAUGGACAGAGGGAUGAGGCCAAGUUGCCAACAUCUUGUGCAGAAAAAGGAGAACAGCAAAAGGAGAGGAAGAGCAAGUAACAAGUCAUGCCUAUAUGAUGAGGCCUUGUGCUGCUGCUUGAGUUCGCAGUAUAUCAAGAAGUUCUUCAGAAUGAAGUACAUGAAGCUUGGGACAAAGCCUGACACAUUCUACACCGAGGAAGCUGUCAGGUCGGUACUGUCAGAUGUACCCGCAGAUCUCAUCAUACAUGUCAACAAUACAAAGUAUCAGCUACACAAGCUAAAAUUCUGUGCCCACUAUGAAAAUGCUGCUACAGAAGGCACCGGUUCCAAUCCGCAUUAUCAAUUCCCGCUGCUCCUCAAGUGCGGCCUCCUGCAGCGCCUCUGCGCCGACACCGACGACGAGCCGCCGCUGCCGGUGGUGCUGCACGACAUCCCCGGCGGCGAGGAGGCGUUCGAGCUGUGCGCCAAGUUCUGCUACGGCAUCUCCAUCAACAUCAGCGCCAACAACUUCGUGCCGGCGGCGCUCGCCGCCAGGUUCCUCCGGAUGACGGAGCCCGUCGCCAAGGGCAACCUCGUCGCCAAGCUCGACUCCUUCUUCGACUCCUGCAUCCUCCAGGGGUGGAAGGACCCCAUCGCCGCCCUCCAGGCCGCCUGGCGCCUCUCCGGCUGGUCCGAGAGCCGCAUCGUCCAGCCCUGCGUCGACGCCAUCGUCGAGAAGAUCCUCAUGCCGCCAUCCAAGGUGACGUGGUCGUACACGUACACGAGGCCGGGGUACGCGAAGAAGGCCCACCAGUCAGUGCCCAAGGACUGGUGGACGGAGGACGUGUCCGAGCUGGACAUCGACGUCUUCCGCUCCGUCAUCUCCACCGUCCGCGCCGCGCGCCUCCUGCCGCCGCCGCUCAUCGGCGAGGCGCUCCACGUCUACGCCUGCAAGCACCUGCCGGACCCUCUCAAGCACGCCGCCGCCGCGGCCGCCAACGGUGGCAGCUCCGCGGCCGAGGAGGCGGCGGCGAAGCAGCGCCGCGUGCUGGAGACCAUCGUCACCAUGAUCCCCGGCGACGCCGGCGCCGUCACCGGCAGGUUCCUGCUCCGGCUGCUCCGCGUUGCGAACUACGUCGGCGCGUCGUCGUCGACGCGCGCGCAGCUGAUCCGGCAGGCCGGCUCGCAGCUCGACGAGGCGAAGGCGUCCGACCUGCUCAUCCCGAUGCCGUCCGACCCGCAGGCGUACGACAUCGGCGCGGCGGAGGCCGUGCUGGAGCACUUCCUGACGCAGUUCCAGCGGCCGGCGGCGCCCGACGAGCGGCGGCGGAUGAGCGCCGCCAUGGAGAAGGUGGCGAGGAUCUUUGACGAGUUCCUCCGCACCAUCGCGCUCGACGUCGACUUCGCCGUCGGCAAGUUCGUCGACCUCGCCGAGUGCUUGCCGGACAUCGCCCGGAACGACCACGACGGCCUCUACCUCGCCAUUGACACCUAUCUCAAGGAGCACCCGGAGCUGAGCAAGGCGGACAAGAAGCGGCUGUGCCGGAUGAUCGACUGCCGGAAGCUGUCGCCGGACGUGCGGGCGCAGGCGAUAUCCAACGACCGGAUGCCGCUGCGCACCAUCGUGCAGCUGCUCUUCGUCGAGCAGGAGAGGGCCAUGGGCGGCGGCGGCGCAAGCGGCAGCCACGGCGGCGUCGCGCCCGACAGGGCCUCCGUCGACGCCAUCGCGAUGCUCGCCGCCAGAAACAAGGAGAAGGAGGACGAGCCAUCCGCGCCGGGCGCCGACCACAUGUCGGACGUGCACCGGCCGCGCGGCGAGCGCGCCCGGGCCGACGGCGCGGCCAUGACGAGGUCGCUCUCGGCGUCCACCAAGAUGGCCGGCGCCGCCACGGCGGCGAGGACGAAGGAGAGGACGGCGGAGGAGAGUGGGAGCAGGAUGAGGAACAAGUAAUCAAUGGUGGUCGCCGACGAUCGGGAAAGGAUGGAAUUCUUGCUUGAAAUUUGUUGAUACUUGUGAUUCUUGAUUUUUUUUUUGUUUUCUUCUUUUUUAUUAUUUUCUUCUCCAUUUUGAUUUCAGUGCAUCACAUUUUUGGUGGGAGAUGUGAGGAGCAACCAUGGUUGAGAGAGGGAAGAGAGGUAGAUUUUGUAAUUAAAUGGAUGGGGAUAAUAAGUGGCUAUAAUAAUACAAUCUAGCAUAGCUCACCGAUCAAGAAAAUGUUCAUGUUCACCAUUAUAUUCCAUAUAUGAAUCUACUAUUUUCUUUAUAGAAAGGGAUUGUUCGAGUGUCAGCCGGCUGAAAAAAAAUGUUAUUACAGCUGAA